ACCUACCCUUUCUGUUAUUUUUUCUUCUCAAUUAUUCAUCUCAUCGUAAAAUGGCAACAAAAAUAACGAGUUUGAGUCCAAUUGCUUGUCUUUUCCUCGUUGGAGCUCUCUUACAAGUUGUCUCCGCUGUUGACUAUGACGUCGGUGGCAAUUUCGGUUGGAACCUACCGGCGAACUCUACCUUCUUCUCCGACUGGACUCGUAAUAAGACUUUCUUCAUCGGUGAUAAGCUAGUGUUCCGAUCAAAGGCGGAGGAGACGCACGAUGUUGCGGAGCCUGAAAGGCAGGUGGAUUUUGAGGGAUGUGUGAAGCCGGGGAUCGUUCUAAGUACAUCUACUGUGCUAUCCAUUACACUUGAUGCUCCUCCCCGUCGUCGUUACUUUAUUUGUACUGUUGGUAGCCACUGCAACGCCGGUAUGAAAUUUGCUAUUGACGUUUUCGUCCGCCCCGGUACGCCCGACUCCGCCUUGCUUCCGCCACCGCCGCCUAGCUCCGCUUCAUCCUUGAGAUUUGGUGCAGUACUGGCAGCAGCGUUGGCUGGAUUAUUACUUCUCUUAACCAUCUAAUUACGCACCUUAAUUAUUAUUUCAUUAUUGUUUUUCUCAUUUUCAGUGUGUGUGUGUGUGUUUCUAUAUAUUCUAUCGUUUUUCUAGUAGUCUUAUUGUUUGAAUAAAUACUAUUGUAAUAUUGAUCAUACACCUAUGUAUUUUUUCUAAUAAGUGAUUAGAGUGUUUGUACGAUGGGAACUUUUUAUGUGUUCAAUUAUUGAGUGCA